AACAUAGCAUCGAUUUAACGGCUGUUCUCACAAUAAUGAUCAGUAAUAUAAAUCUUGGUGUUUAAAAUCAGCUGCCUGUGCGCCACAGUAAUUAGAAAUCAUAGGAAGUGCUGACAAGCUAGCUUCCGCAGCUAACUAGUUAGUUGGGCUAAACAAGAAAUUUCAUCAGCAGAAAUAUUUAGUGAUACAUCACAUUUUGAGACAUCAGCAUCAUGUUCCAUGGGAUACCAGUCACUGGAGGAGGAGGAGCUCCGGCAAAUAAACCUGAGCUAUAUGAGGAGGUGAAAUUAUACAAAAAUGCAAGGGAACGAGAAAAGUAUGACAAUAUGGCGGAGUUGUUUGCUGUCGUCAAAACACUACAGGCCCUGGAAAAGGCUUACAUUAAAGACUGCGUAACGCCUAAUGAGUACACCGCCUCCUGUUCCAGACUCUUGGUUCAGUAUAAGGCUGCUUUCAAACAGGUGCAGGGCUCUGACGUGGGCUCCAUCGAUGACUUCUGCAGGAAAUACAGACUCGACUGUCCACUAGCAAUGGAACGGAUUAAAGAGGAUCGGCCAAUCACCAUCAAGGAUGACAAGGGCAACCUGAACCGCUGCAUCGCAGAUAUAGUUUCACUCUUCAUCACUGUGAUGGACAAGCUGAGAUUGGAGAUCAGGGCCAUGGAUGAGAUCCAACCAGACCUGAGGGAGCUGAUGGAGACUAUGAACAGAAUGAGUAACAUGCCUCCAGACUCAGAGGCCAAGGACAAAGUCAAUCUCUGGCUGACCACCCUGAGCAGCAUGUCGGCCUCGGAUGAGUUGGAUGAUAAUCAGGUGCGCCAGAUGCUCUUUGACCUGGAGUCGGCCUACAACGCCUUCAACCGCUUCCUCCACUCCUCUUAAAGCGCCUCUCUGUCACAGAUAAAUCUGGAAUCCUGACUCUAAAACCUGUUAAUUUAAAAGAAGAAGAAUGCUGCUUUCUGUGGAUUUACGUCCCCUCCUCCUUCUGUUCUUCUUGCUGUACAAUUGGUCUCUGUGUUCGUCAGCUCGGCUCGCUCUGUUCUGUGAA